ACAAACAUAAAUCGUGUGGCAAAGAGUACGGGACAGUUUGGUUGUUUGGAUUUAGUACUUUCGCUGCCCCGUACGGGAUCGUGAAAGUGACCCUUGCGUCAAAAUCGCGAAAAGAUACUUGACAUCAAAGAUAAUUUUAACGGCGAAUAUCAACAACAUUGUAAAAUCAUUUUACCCCGGGUAAAAACAGGAUCGGGUGAGGUUGUCUUUCAGGAUCGUUUAUCUCAGCGAUUAAUUGUGUAAAUUUCAAUUAAAACUAACAAAGGCACAGAGCUAGGCCUUCCUCAAGAUUCACAUCAAGCGCACUUGCACCCUAUUCAACUGUCGACCCAGUAACCUUGAGUCGAUUGACCUAUAAUAGUCCAGUGCCAGGCAAAUGUAAACAUCCCUCAGAACGCACGGCGCACCAAGUCACUCUCAUUUGUUCUAAAUAAACCAGUGAGCCUCGCGUUGACAGUGUGGAAGUGUGUGGAAAAACGAUCAAAUAUGUCAAGGAAAUUCACUCGUCCAAGCUAAGUGAUCAACACUAGACCAACAUGCAUCAGAGUUCAAAAGGGCGACACAUAUUUCAAGACGCAGAAGUCGGCAUUUGGAAAGGAAAAUCGAUAAAAUGGGCAGACCCAUACGACCUCAGGAGUUAAAAGCCGUCUCCCAGUAACCACUCAAAAUGAGUGGCCUAGGCGGCUAUUGCCACUCUGAGUUCUGGAACACAAACCUGACAUGGGACGCCGACGUUCCCGACUUCACUCCCUGUUUCGAGCGCACUGUGCUGGUAUGGGUGCCGUGUGGCUUCCUCUGGCUCUUCUCGCCAGUGGAGACUCUCAUGGUGCUCCGAUCCAACGACCGCUUCAUACCCUGGACCGUCCUCAACAUCUGCAAAUACCUGUUCGCGUCUGUGCUGCUGAUUCUGCAGCUGGGUGGUCUCAUCUACGCCGUCACACAACACUCCAGUGACCCGGACUCUAUACGAUCGGUGGACAUCUACACACCCGUCAUACUGUUCGUCUCAAUAGCAUUGGCGCUGGUGUUCAUGCUGUUUGAAAAGCGGCGCGGCAUACGAACGUCAGGCGUGAUAUGGGUGUUCUGGACGCUGCUGGCGUUCUGCGGUAUCGCAGAGUUCCGCACACGCAUCAUGAACGCCACAGGCGAUGAGAGGGUUGACCAGGACACGACGCCGUUCGUGCUCUACAUGAUCUACUUCCCAGUGCUGUUUGCCGAGUGGCUGCUCAACUGUUUCGCCGACGCGCCUGCGCAGUAUGUCGAGGAUGAGAUCAAGGGAGACAAACCGUCCCCGAAGGCGAGUUCGUCCUUCAUCAGCAACAUCACGUUCGCGUGGUUCGAGCCGAUGGCGUUCAGAGGCUGGCGGCACUCGCUGCAGCGGGACGACCUGUGGGACCUGAACCCUGCCGACCGGUGCUCCAAGAUCGUGCCCGUCUUCAACAGCCACUGGUACAAACUGCUGGAGAAGAGCCGAAGUCGAGCGCCGCCCAGAGUACAGAAAGUGGAGUUCACCAAAACCACCGACGACGUGGCCUUCAGCGGCCAGAAACGCGCCUACAAGCGCGCCUCCAUCCUCCCGGCACUGAUCAAGACGUUCGGCGGCUCCUUCCUGCUGGGUGUGCUCCUCAAGUUCAUCAACGACACCCUGCAGUUCAUCAACCCGCAGAUCCUGAGUAAGAUCAUCAGUUUCGUGAGCGACCCUAGCCAGCCGUCGUGGCACGGCUACUUCUACGCGGUACUCAUGGUGUGCGUCAACAUGCUGAUGUCGGCUGUGCUCAACCAGUACUUCCUGGUGAUGAUGACCCUUGGCAUGCGGGUCAGGACGACUCUCAUCGCCGCCGUCUACAGGAAGGCCCUAGUGAUCAGUAACCUCGCCCGACGCGAGUCGACCGUGGGUGAGAUCGUGAACCUGAUGGCCGUGGACGCUCAGCGCUUCAUGGACCUGGCCUCGUACAUCUGCCUGCUGUGGUCGGCGCCAUACCAGAUCAUCCUGGCCGUCUACUUCCUCUACCAGGAGCUCGGCCCCUCUGUGUUCGCUGGCCUGGCUGUGAUGAUCCUACUGAUGCCUGUGAACGGCUUUAUCGCCAACGCCACCAAGAAGCUGCAGCUGCAGCAGAUGAAGUACAAGGACCAGCGUGUGAAGCUGAUGAACGAGAUCCUCAGUGGCAUUAAGGUGCUGAAGCUGUACGCGUGGGAGCCGUCCUUCGAAGAACAGGUGCUCGGCAUCCGUCAGCAGGAGAUCCGCGUGCUCAGGAAGACAGCCUACCUCAACGCCGGAACCUCGUUCAUCUGGACUUGCGCUCCGUUCGUGGUCUGCCUCGCGUCGUUCGCCACCUACGUACUGGUCGACUCCGAUAACGUACUGGACAGUCGGCGCGCGUUCGUGGCGCUGGCACUGUUCAACGCGCUGCGCUUCCCCCUCUCCAUGCUGCCCAUGAUCACCAUCAGCGCCGUGCAGGCCAACGUGUCGCUGACGCGUAUGAACAAGUACCUGAACAGUGACGACCUGGACGACCAGGCCGUGUCUCACGACACCACUGAGAGUGACCCGGUGGUGGUGGAGAACGGCACGUUCACCUGGGACCCCGAGUCCACUCCCUACCUGCAGGACAUCAACAUGCGUGUCAAGGAGGGCAGCCUGGUGGCCGUGGUGGGCACCGUCGGCUCCGGCAAGUCGUCCCUGCUCAGCGCGCUGCUCGGAGAGAUGGAGAAGGUCGGCGGACGCGUCAACACCAAGGGAAAUGUGGCGUACGUGGCGCAGGAGGCCUGGAUCCAGAACGCCACGCUCAAGGAUAACAUUCUGUUCGGCCGGACGCUGGACGAGGACCUGUAUAACCGCUGUGUGGACGCCUGCGCGCUGCGGAGCGACUUUGACAUGCUGCCCGGCGGAGACAAGACCGAAAUUGGCGAGAAGGGUAUCAACCUGUCUGGCGGCCAGAAGCAGCGCGUGGCGCUGGCUCGCGCCGUUUACAGUAACAGCGACAUCUACUUCCUGGACGACCCGCUCUCGGCCGUCGACUCGCACGUCGGAAAACACAUCUUCGAGAACGUCAUCGGGCCCGAGGGCAUGCUCAGCAAAAAGACUCGCAUUCUGGUGACGCACGGUAUCACCUACCUGCCAUACACGGAUACCAUCACGGUGCUGAAGGAGGGCCGCGUCUCGGAGACGGGGCCCUACAAGCAGCUGAUGGACAACAAGGGCGCCUUCUCCGAGUUCCUGCUCCAGUACCUGACAGAGGCCGGCGAAGACGAGGACGUAGAGGAACUGGAUGAGAUCAAGCACCAGCUGGAGGAGACUAUGGGCCGCCAGGAGCUGCAGCGACAGAUGUCCCGCGUCAAACGCGAGUCCGAAUGCCCCAGCGAAGACGGCAGUAUACCGGAACUGAAGAGUGACGAGGUGACCGAACUGCUCGGCUCUCGGCACUCGAUCACGUCGGUCCACACGAUACAAGUGAAGAGCAGCAGGUCAGCGUCUGUGAUCAGCGGAGAGCGAAACGGCAGCUUACGUCGCCGUAAGAGCAGUCAGACUAAGGACGAGGCCGUUCAGCAGACCCUGCAACCGCAGCCGGUCGCCCCCGCUACUGAACAGAAGGCCGGCGCCAAGCUGAUCGAGGUGGAAAAAUCCGAGACCGGAAAGGUCCAGCUGGCAGUCUACUGGUACUACAUGAAGUCGGUCGGCGUCUUCCUCACCAUGCUCACCUUCAUGUUGUACGUCGCUGCGCAGGCGUGCAGCGUCGGCUCCAACAUCUGGCUCUCCAACUGGACUGAGGAUGUGGAACACUUCAACGACACACACACGCGUAACGUCUACCUGGGAGUGUACGGAGCAUUAGGAUUCGGACAGGCCGUGUUCUCCGUGCUGGCCGCGUUCUCGCUCUACACGUGCCUGCUGAUCGGCGCCCAGAUCAUGCACUCGGAUCUCAUGCACAACGUCAUCCGGCUGCCCAUGUCGUUCUUCGACACCACGCCGCUCGGACGCACCAUCAACCGCUUCAGCAAGGACGUGGACGUGCUGGACAACACGAUGCCGAUGGUGAUACGCGGCUUCAUCAUGACCUUCGUUGUCGUGCUGGGUACGUUCUUUGCCAUCAUUUACGCCACUCCCAUCUUCCUGGCCGUGGUGAUACCUCUUCUCGGAGUCUACUACUUCAUGCAGCUGGUGUACGUGUCCACCUCGCGGCAGCUGAAGCGACUCGAAUCGGUCUCCCGGUCACCGAUCUACUCACACUUCUCCGAGACCAUUACAGGCUCUAUGACGAUCCGCGCCUACGGCAAGGUGCAGGACUUUGUGCUGCAGUCGGAGGCCAAGGUGGACGACAACCAGGCCUGCUACUAUCCGUCCAUGAUCGCUAAUAGGUGGCUGUCGUUCCGGCUGGACAUGAUCGGCACCUGCAUCACCUUCUUCGCCUCGCUGUUCGCCGUGCUGGCCCGCGACUCAAUCGACGUCGGCCUGGUCGGCAUGUCCGUCUCCUACGCCAUGCAGGUGACGCAGACGCUCAACUGGCUGGUGCGCAUGACGUCCGACGUCGAGACCAACAUCGUGGCCGUGGAGCGCAUCAAGGAGUACUCUGAGACGCCCCAGGAGGCCGUCUGGGUGGACGAGAGCCGGCCGCGGCCGCCGCCCGAGUGGCCGCAGUCGGGCCGCGUACAGUUCAACAACUACCAGACGCGCUACCGGCCCGGACUCGAGCUCGUCCUCAAGGGCAUCGACGCCGACAUUGCUGGCGGCGAGAAAAUCGGCAUCGUCGGCCGCACCGGCGCCGGCAAGUCGUCGCUGACGCUGGCGCUGUUCCGCAUCAUCGAGGCGGCCGCCGGAGAUAUCACGCUGGACGGGAUCCGCAUCAGCGACAUCGGCCUGCAUGACCUGCGGUCCAAGAUCACCAUCAUCCCGCAGGACCCGGUGCUGUUCUCGGGCACUCUGCGCCAGAACCUGGACCCGUUCGACCAGUACUCGGACGACCAGGUCUGGGCCGCCCUGGAGCACAGCCAUCUGAAGACGUUCGUCAAGGGACUGGCCGCCGGCCUGCAGCAUGAGAUCAGCGAGGGCGGCGGCAACCUCAGCGUGGGCCAGCGUCAGCUGAUCUGCCUGGGCCGCGCGCUGCUCCGUAAGACCAAGAUUCUGGUGCUGGACGAGGCCACAGCAGCGGUGGACCUGGAGACGGACGACCUGAUCCAGGCCACCAUCCGAUCAGAGUUCGCCGACUGUACCGUGCUCACCAUCGCGCAUCGGCUCAACACCAUCAUGGACAGCACCAGGGUGAUGGUACUGGACGCGGGCCGCAUCAAGGAGAUGGCGCCGCCGUCGCAGCUGCUGGCAGACAAGAGCUCGGCCUUCUACAGUAUGGCCAAGGACGCCGGCCUGGUAUAGUGGCGGCGCGGCGCGCCAGCGUUCUCAGGCAGCUGGGCAGGGCGGGUCGGCCGGCCGCCGGCGGCCGGUCGACUCGGUAGCGGUGCCCGUACACCACUGUGACCUCCGCCCGGACUCUGUGUCUGCGUGUGUGUCAGUCUGAGUGUGCCUGUGUCGGUCUGAUGAAGAGCGCCGCGCACGGCUCGCACCGUGCGGAGAGCGCGUGUGUAUUGUUUACGCACUGUGUGUGUAUGAAGAGCGGUGGAGCGAGUGAGAGUGAGAGACGAGUCGUGGACGAUCCUGCCAGACGAGUCGUUUGUUACUAUUUGUAUCUGGUAUUCGUCGUUCCAUGCGGUACCUGUAGUGUUCUAGAUGUGAUGUGGCGACUACUUGAUCCAUGUAUGGGGACUCUGGCCGGAGCGGCCAGGGCUCCGGCUGGCGCUGAUUGUUUGUUUGUGCGGUGCAGAGGCAUACCGAUGCUGCCAGGAGCUGGUGUCGAGUGGUGGAUCGUUUCUGGAGUUUCGUGAUGACGGAUUAGAUUGCUGGGGGGGGGGGGGGGGUCGAUUUCAUGACAUUGUACCCGGAUGGGGCUACGGCCACGAGUGAUUGCAGUAGGCGGGUAUUGACGUCAGGGCAGGGGCGAGGGCCACGGGCCGCGCGCGCCCCGGCGACCGCAGCAUUCAGAUUGCCAGUGAAGACAGUCGCAUCAUCGAACUACAAUACACGUUACUCGGUUA